CCGACCGGAAAUAGAACGUUUCUAACACGAACUGGCUGCAGCGAUGCACAUGGACUCGCUCCGCCGGCCAGGAUUAUAAUAAAUACUGCUCUUUUCUGAUGGAUUUCACCGAUCAGCACCGUCAUAUCAAAUCUAAUUUAAAUCUGGUGUCGCUCCUGCGGAGGCGACAUGGUCUCUUGUUCUGAAUGGCGUCAGGCGGCCGUGGACCCGCAGAGCAGCAGCGGCUUGCCGAUGACUGGUGAAGACACUGGUUUGGGGGCUUCGGCCUCUCCCCUGGUGGGGUAUUUGGGAAAAGUCAGUAGAGCUCUUGUUCUUCUCGCAGUUGUCACUUGCGCAAAGCUGAAUUUAAUUUGAAAAAUACUGUGUCUGGGCAGUACCAAACAAAACAAACAAACAAACAAACAAACAAACAAACAAACAAAACAAAAACGGAAAUCUUUGGUAGUAAAAGGCGAAAGUGUUUGGCUUCUUGAAGCAAAUGAUGAUGUGUGGAAUCAAAGGUUUUAUAUGUUCUAUGAGAAACUAUGGAUUGCCAUUUCAGUCAAUAUUAAAUUAAUAAAAAGAAAGAAAAGAAAAAAGAAAUAAUAAAAUAAUAAAUAAUACAAAAAGAAAUACAUCUUGAAAUAAAAGUCAUUUGAAAUGCAUUCUUUAAAAUUGAAGUUAUUUAUUGGACUUUAUUGAAAAAUGUAUAUAUUUAUAUUUACAUAUAAUAUAUAUUUAUAUUUCGAUUGCCUCAUUUAUUAAAGGAUAUCUUUUAUUUUAUUUAAUCUUUACUGAAUUGGAAUUCCAUAAGAAACUGUGUACUGCAAAGAAUGUUUUUUUAAUUUUGAUAACUAUCGAUAUGUACUUUUAUACGUACUUUGUUUAUCAAUGUGAAAUUUAGCUUCUUUAAACUGUCCAUCGUUGCUAUUGUUGAGCAGAAACCUGAGGCCAAACUUUAGAGUGAGAGAAAAAAGAAAAGACUAAAAUCUGACAGUUACUUUCAGCAGCUCUUCCUCUUACUUGUAUGCUCCACUCCUGCAAGGUCCAGGAACGAGCUGCGUCCCUGGAGUUUUGUCCCUGGUGUGCUGCAAAGGGCUCGAGCUGCGCUCUGCGCUCCUAUCGGAUCAACCUCCAGGAGUCCAUCACCCUCUGCACAAACACACAGUGCCUCUUCCCGCUGGUCAGCCGCUCCCUGGACGACGUGUUGGCCGGCCUGGUUCCUGCGAAGCCCUCGGUGUUGGCCGGCCUGGUUCCUGCGGAGCCCUCGGUGUUGGCCGGCCUGGUUCCUGCGGAGCCCUCGGUGUUGGCCGGCCUGGUUCCUGCGGAGCCCUCGGUGUUGGCCGGCCUGGUUCCUGCGGAGCCCUCGGUGUUGGCCGGCCUGGUUCCUGUGGAGCCCUCGGUGUUGGCCGGCCUGGUUCCUGUGGAGCCCUCGGUGUUGGCCGGCCUGGUUCCUGUGGAGCCCUCGGUGUUGGCCGGCCUGGUUCCUGUGGAGCCCUCGGUGUUGGCCGGCCUGGUUCCUGCGGAGCCCUCGGUGGGGAACAAGAGGAGAAAUGUCCCGACGCUGGAAGACGAGGAGUCGAUUAAACCCGCACACAAACGCCAGCGAUCGAGUGAAGUCCAGCCACAGAAUGUGAGGGACGCAUCGGAGGCCCGAGCGGAGCACGCUGCUGUAGGCGUUAACUGCCAGCAUGCAGCAACGCACCACGGAACGCUGGAUGGAAACAGGGAAUCUCCGGGCCGGGAGGCACGGCGGGUCGAGGAUAAAGUUCUGCAGGAGGAACCGGAGAACGCUGCAUCAGAGGAGGAGGAAGGCCUGAACAGACUCUGCAGCCUGGACAACCAGGCCCUUAUGACUAAUGAGGACAUUCAUUCAUCUGAAAUCAACACUCCAUCACGUCCGCUCAGCGAGCAGACGGCGAGGACAGAGGAGGAAUCACCGGCAGGAGGCAUUAAGUCCCAGAUUGAGGAUUUGUCCUCUGACUCCGAGGAGCUGGUCCCGGUUCCAGACCGGCUCUUCUGGAGCAACAGGGACAACCUGUGCUGGCUGGACUCGCUGCUGGUCGCUCUGGUGAACUGUCGCAGCUUGAGGAGGCGUCGACCUGAAGAAGAGCCGCGGCGCUCGUCUGUCUGGACGCUGAUCAGACGAUAUGAAGACAUUAGUGCUGCCGUCCAGGAUCAUCAGCAGACCGGAGAAGAUGGAGUUGUGAGGGCGCCGCAUCAUGUGCUGCAGAAGGCCGACGCAGAUCUGCAAAGUCUCCGGAUGUCCACCUUCACACUGCUGCAGCACAAACUGCACUGCAAACUAGGUCAGAAGGAAACUCCGGUGUUCGCGCUGCCGCUGCUCCUGCAGAGCGACUCGUGGGCCGAGCCGCUCCUCCAGACCUCCUUCAGCUGGGAGUUCAGCUGCACCUCCUGCAGGAGCUCCUCUACAGAAAGGGUGAUGAAGACUCUCCCCACCUUCACUAACGUUCUGCCUGGUUGGCGCCCGCUGGACGCCGUCCACGCCGCGCCGUGCAACGUCUGCCGCCAGAAGAACCAGAGGAGAGCCAUGAAGCUGGAGAGCGUGCCUCCAGUGUUCGCGCUGCACUUCGUGGACGGACUUCCUGACAGCAACGUGAGAAAGUUCAGCUUCAGCUUCAGAGGGAAACAGCACAACGUCUCCGCUGUGAUCCAGUACCGACAACACCUCAAACACUUCGUCACCUGGACCCGAAACCCUGAUGGGUCCUGGCUGGAGUUUGAUGACCUGAAGCAUCCGGCGUGUCGGUCCCACCAGCGUCUGCCGGUCCCCGCUCAGGAGAUGCACGUCGUCUUCUGGGAGGCGGACGAGGACCAAGAGUCCCGCGCCUGCUCGCCGUCCAGCACGUUUUCUGAAUCUCCCCUUUCUAAAAACGAGGUGAAACCCCUCGAAGAGUUAAAAACAGUCGAUGAACUUCCGGAUCAGUCUCGUCUGGACGACACCGCGGACAUCGUGUCCGCGCUCACGGACGGCGCCGACGCCGUGGACGCCAUGGACGUGACGCUCACCGCCGACACGUCGAUCGGUUCGACCACGCUGCUCGACGCCUUCGAGGGUCUUUCCCACAACGACAUCAUCACGCUCACGCUGGUGGAGCUGAAUCCAGAAACCCUGAACGAAGACAAACAGACGGAGGAGUCGAGCGUUCCCGGCAGGAAGGAAACGCCGGACAGCUCCUCCGCCGUGGAACUCACCGCCACCGCUUCUUCUUCUGCUGAUUCUCCGGAUGACUCGUCCAGCGACCCGUCGUUUGUUCCCGCUGGACGGAGAGAGCGAAGGAAAGGACGCGGAGCGGCGAGGAACCGCCGGACGGCUCGCAGACGGGCGGCUGGAGCGGCGCCCGCGGUGGUCGAAGCGUCGCCUGAACCUUCGGAGCCCGCCAAAGUCAUCAAACCGGCGGCGGCGGCUCUGGAUGACGCGGCGCCCGUCAGAACGACGGCGGCGCCCGUCAGAACGACGGCGGCGUCCCCAGAGUCGUCCUCAGACGCCUCCACGCUCGCCACCCGCUCCACGGGUCAGCCCCGCCCCGCCCUGCCGCCGCAGAGCGCCCGCUGGUCCUUCCUGCUCAGCAAACACCCUUUAAACCAAUUCAACAAGUCGGUCACUAAAGUGGCCGCCAACCAGAGCUCGAUGGCGCCGCUGAAACCCGCCGCUCCCGCCACGGCCGACCCGGUGAGGAGGCCGCUCGCUGCUGGAGGACCGUUCCCCAAGCCGGCGCUCCGGACGGAGGAGAGCGAGGGACUCCCGCUGAAAGCUGCAGAAAUGUACCGAGGAUUCAGUGGGAAGACGUUAAAAACAGCGAGUCAGCUCCCGCCUGCUGCUCUCAACAAAACGCCAAACGGAACGUCCAACCAGCAGAAAUCCGUCUCGAAGACGCCUUCGGCCGCGCGGCCUCCCGAGAUAUCGUCUUCUCAGAAACACGGAGCGCUUCCUGUCGGUCUCAGCGACGCAGACGUCCUCCGCUACAAGCUGAUCAAGAAGCUGAAGGCCAAGAAGAAGAAGCUGGCCAGGCUGAACCAGAUGUUGGGUCCCGAUGGCGCCGGCCGGCCCGACAGCACGGCGCUGGGCUCGCCGGGCGCCGUCACCUCCAGCACCGCCGACGGCGCCGACCAGCUGCUGUCGGACCUGCUGUCGCCCGCCACCACGGCCAGCAACCUCUCCCCCGACAGCACCGAGUUCCUGGAGAUGCUGGCCGGGCCGGACGGCGCCGAGCAGCUGGAGGUCAAACGGGCCGACGCCUCCAACGACGACGACUUCCUGGACGAGUUCCUGUCGCAGGCGGAGACGCAGAUACCGACCGACAUGGAGACGGAGGCGCUCAGCGCUCUGGAGCUGUUUAUCUGAGCUUUGGUGAUAUAAACCAUUAAAUAAACAGAAACUUCAGUAUUUCUCAUGUUUGUUGUGAUUAUCAGGAUAAACAGGAAGUGACCUUCCAACUCUGUUACAAUCAUCCAAGCAGCAUUUGUUGGUCGAUAUUUUAAUUCGGUGCAAGAUUUAACAAUCUAUUUAAAAAUGAUCAAAAAUCCCUUCAAAGUACCAAAAGUAUCCACCGAGAGCUUGAGGAGGACCAGAGGGAGAAUCCCUGCUGGGUUUAGUUUAGUUAGUAGUUAGUAGUUAGGGUUAGUAGUUAGUAGCUAGGGUUAGUAGUUAGGGUUAG